AUGUUGGGCACGCAGCAGCGCUGGCGUGCGAUCGAUCACCCUGGACGGGAGUGCCAUCUAAAUCCGUCAGCGGGAGCGCACCUUGCACAUAAAGCAGUCGGGGGCAACCUGGCGCAAAAAGAGGAGCGCCCGCCUAAACCGAACAGUUGGAAAUACAUCGUGAUUCAGAGCGCCGCGACGUCGCCCCAUGUACCUGCCAACCGAAAUAAUUCACAAAGGAGGAAAGCCAUGUCGGAC